ACAAGUGAUACUGAACAAAGAUGGCAGCAAAAACUGCACUAGGAAAUGUUGUCAGGAAGUUUGCUAACAUUAGAUUAGGCAAUGCUCAUGGUGCCAUAAGUGUCCAAGGAAAAAAGAGUUAUGGAACAACAUCAGGAGAACAAAAGGAAUAUGCUUAUGAGAUGGCAUGUUCUAAUAUACGAUAUGGAGAAGGUGUCACCAGAGAAGUUGGAUUGGAUUGUAAAAAUCUGGGUGGAAAGAACAUUUGUGUUAUGACAGACAGGAACUUGGUUAAGUUAGAGUCAGUGAAAGUGGUCUGUGAAGCUUUGGAGGAUGUUGGUCUGAAGUACAGUGUGUAUGAUAAAUGUAGGGUGGAGCCGUCAGAUAAAAGUUUUAAAGAUGCCAUUGACUUUGCCACCAAGGGUAAUUUUGACCUAUUUGUGGCAGUGGGAGGUGGCUCUGUGAUGGACACAUGCAAAGCUGCCAAUCUUUACUCCUCUAACCCAAAGGCAGAGUUUCUGGACUAUGUUAACGCCCCUAUAGGGAAGGGCCUGCCUGUCACUCAUAAAGUCAAACCACUAAUUGCAGUGACAACAACAGCAGGAACAGGAAGCGAGACCACAGGGACAGCUGUGUUUGAUCUCUCUGAUAUGAAAGCAAAAACAGGUAUUUCAAACAGAGAACUUCGCCCCACACUUGGUAUUGUUGACCCUUUACAUCUCAGAACCAUGCCAGAGAGGGUAGCAGCAUAUAGUGGAAUUGAUGUUCUAUGCCAUGCUAUAGAAUCCUAUACUGCCUUGCCAUACUAUGAGAGAGUCCCUCGUCCAACCAAUCCAAACCUCCGCCCUGCCUACCAGGGUUGUAACCCGAUCAGUGACAUUUGGUCCAGACAUGCCCUACAGAUUACCAACAAGUAUAUCAAGAGAGCAACCUUUGAUGCCGGUGAUAUGGAGGCUAGAUCCAUCAUGCACUUGGCCAGUUGUUAUGCAGGAAUUGGAUUUGGAAAUGCUGGAUGUCAUAUGUGCCAUGCAAUGUCUUACCCUAUCUCUGGUCUUGUUAAAUCCUAUAUGCCUAAAGAUUAUGAUGAUGACCAUCCAAUGGUGCCACAUGGACUCUCAGUCAUUAUAACAGCACCAGCUGUGUUUGAGUUCAUGGCCUCAGCCUGUCCAGAGCGCCACCUAGAGGCAGCGCAGUAUCUAGGUGUAGAUAUAACAAACAAGAAGAAGGAAGAUGCUGGUCCUAUCCUGGCUGACCGACUGAGACAGAUCAUGCAGGACCUGGAGAUGCCAGAUGGACUGUCCAGUCUAGGAUACACCAAGGAUGACAUUCCUAACCUAGUCAAAGGAACAAUGCCUCAGCAUCGACUGACAAAGCUGUCCCCCCGACCUGUAACAGAGGAGAUAGUAACAGGACUGUUGGAGAAAUCCAUGAAAAACUACUGAGUGUUAGUGCACUACUUAGACACACACUGCAAACUUGGACUCUGAAUAACUAGGUUGGAAAGUGUCAGGGUAAUGGAAAUCUGUGCUGUGAAUAUCCUUAACAUAUGAUUCAAGAAGACCACUCAUGCUAUAAAAAUGAUUAAUUGAUAUAUAUAGUAAAAUUAAUUGAUAAAAGUAUGGGUGUAAAAGUGAGAGAGGAAAUAAUUUGUGAUUUUUUUUUAGUGUGGACCGUGCUUCCAUUCUCAAUAACUUCUGGUGAUCUAUUUUUAUGCAUGCUCUAUUUUUUUAUGGAGAUUUACGAGGGGCAUUUCAAAAGUUCUGGCAACUGGUAUAUA